CGGAGCGCGGCCCGUCCCGUUCCCACCUGGAGCCGGGAAGAGGAAGUGGGAGCUGGGGAGAAGCGGAAAUUGCAGCAGCCGGAGCCGCCGCCAGCCCGAGAAGCACCGGGGUGAUCCAGGGCCGAGGAAGAAGAGGAGGACGAGGAGGCGGCGGCACCAUGUGGAAAGCGACUGCAGGCCACACUGUUUCUGUCAACCAGGAUGAUGGAGCUGAUGACUGGGAGACAGAUCCAGACUUUGUGAAUGAUGUGAGUGAGAAAGAGCAGCGCUGGGGAGCUAAAACUGUCAAUGGAUCCGGCCACCAGGAGCACAUCAAUAUUCAUCAGCUGAGAGAGAAUGUCUUCCAAGAACACCAGAACCUCAAAGAGAAGGAGCUUCAAACAGGACCAAAAGCUUCUCAUGGCUAUGGAGGGAAAUUUGGAGUUGAACAGGAUCGGAUGGAUAAAUCAGCUGUUGGACAUGAAUAUCAAUCCAAACUUUCCAAGCAUUGCUCCCAAGUGGAUUCAGUGAAAGGGUUUGGAGGGAAGUUUGGAGUACAAACCGACAGAGUUGACCAGUCAGCUGUUGGGUUUGAAUAUCAGGGGAAGACUGAGAAACAUCCCUCCCAAAAAGACUACUCAAGUGGUUUUGGUGGAAAAUACGGAGUACAGGCUGACAGAGUGGACAAGAGUGCAGUGGGGUUUGAUUACCAGGGGAAAACUGAGAAACACGACUCCCAGAAGGAUUAUUCCAAGGGCUUUGGUGGUAAAUAUGGUGUCGACAAGGACAAAGUGGAUAAAAGUGCUGUUGGCUUUGAAUAUCAAGGCAAAACGGAAAAACAUGAAUCACAGAAAGAUUAUGUGAAGGGGUUUGGAGGCAAGUUUGGUGUGCAGACAGACAGACAGGACAAAUGUGCCCUUGGCUGGGACCACCAGGAAAAGGUGCAGCUUCACGAGUCCCAGAAAGACUAUAAGAGUGGUUUCGGAGGGAAGUUUGGUGUACAGACAGAAAGGCAGGACCCAUCUGCUGUGGGGUUUGAUUACAAGGAGAAACUAGCCAAGCAUGAAUCUCAACAAGAUUAUUCCAAGGGAUUUGGAGGGAAGUAUGGUGUGCAGAAAGAUCGGAUGGAUAAGAAUGCAGCAACUUUUGAAGAUAUUGAGAAACCAACAUCAACUUACCAGAAGACCAAGCCAAUAGAAGCUGUUGCUAAUAAAACAAGCACCAUCCGAGCUAACUUUGAAAACCUGGCCAAGGAAAAAGAGCAGGAAGACCGAAGGAAGGCAGAAGCUGAGAAAGCACAAAGAAUGGCCAGGGAGAAACAGGAACAGGAGGAGGUUCGAAGGAAACUGGAGGAACAAGUUAAAGCCAAGACACAGACUCCACCACCCUCUCCUGUCACACAGCCAGCUGAGCAGAAGGCACCCUCCAGCCCAGUCUAUCAGGAUGCAGUUUCCUACGAGGCAGGGUCUGCCUACAAGAAUUCUUGCUCCUCCUAUCCAGCUGCACAUGAGCCAGAGUCUGGCUACAAAGCUGCAGAGUCAAACUACCAGGAAGCAGUGAGCCAGAGAGAGGCAGAAUAUGAACCAGAGACUGUCUAUGAAGUGGCAGGAGCAGGAGACUGUUACCAAGCAGAAGAAAAUGCUUAUGAUGAAUAUGAAAAUGAACUUGGAAUUACAGCCAUAGCCCUUUAUGAUUAUCAAGCUGCGGGGGAUGAUGAGAUCUCCUUUGACCCGGAUGACAUCAUCACCAACAUCGAGAUGAUCGAUGACGGCUGGUGGAGGGGGGUCUGCAAAGGCCGAUACGGGCUCUUCCCUGCCAAUUAUGUGGAGCUCAGACAGUGAGGAAUAUUGUCCACUGGUUAUGCCUUAAUUCCCCAGUCACAUGACUUAAUACACUACAGAUCAUGAUGCUUUUUCUGAGGACAGAGGGGGGGUAUAUACACAUAUUGCUUUUAUAUUUAAUACUUUGCUGAUGCUUUUUAAGAUGUUUAUGCCACAGAAAAUCGCUAAUAUAUUGUAACAACUAUGUUUCGUCACUAAGGCUCUUCAGAUUAUUUUCGUGCAUUUGGGAAUGUUCCUUCUCUGCCAAAUUAGCAAUUGUCAUAAAAAAGCCUUUUGGAGGACAGUUAGUUUAGCUGUCUGUUGUGAUAUUGCAUGUUUUACUCAUAAGUGAGCAGUUUUACUUCAGCGUUUAAGUCUAGUUAGUCUUCCACUAAGUGUUUUCAGCUAAGAAAAUCAUUGCUAUGCAGGUUAUUUGCAUUUCCACUAAGAGGGAGUGGGGAGGACUGGGGAGGUGCAUAAUUUUUUUUCUUUUCUUUUCCAGAUAGUGCUUGAAAAAAACAAAGAGAAUAUUUGAAAGCUACAGCUAAUAGUAGUUAAUCCAAUACUGUCCAGUAUUUAUGGAAUAUUAGUGUUAUGAAGGAAACAGUCUGGUACUUUUUCCUUCUCUGUUAAAGUGAAGUUCCUUGGCUCUUGCAUUGAUAUUUUUUUUCUCUCUUUUGUAAUUAUUUUUUCUUAAUCCUGCUCCUCCUGCUCAUGUUAUCCCAGAGGAGGGCUGCAAACUCUCUAGCACUGAUUGUCCCAAAUUUCUUUACAUUUUGUUUUUGCUUCACCCUUCUCUUUCCCAGGAAAACUUGGAAAAGUUACUACACGAGUGUUAAAUCACUUAGCGAGAUUCUUGCUUGUUCAAAAGGAAACUGGUAUCCAUGUCUGUGACUACCUGCAGGAAUAUUCUCAUUGCUUUAAGUGGGAGAAAAAGAGGCAGGAUGGGAUUGCAGUUGUGUUCUGUGUGCAGUGCAUCCAUGUUCAUACCAGGAAUGGCCUGCUCUGCAGUAGUGACAUUGUAUGGUACCAUAUUGAAGUCAAGGAAUGUUAAAAUGUAUAAUUAGAUUCAAAACCUAUAUAAACAGUCUGUCUUUUGAAACCAUACAAGAGACAACUAUACUUUUUGUAUGUUCAACAGAAACUGCCAGUAACGUUCUACUUAACAACAAAAUUAAAACUGGUUGUUUGGGUUUUUUUGCCAAACAUGAAAAUCUUGUCAUUCUAGAAAGCUUACCACUGCAGAUUUAGGGUCCCUACCAAAGAUAGCAAGUUGCGUCUAAUAGUGCACAUGUUCAAUAUAUGUACUUUCUGUUUCCACCUUCUGAUCAAAAGGAAAAUGGCAGAACUGGUGUAGCAGUUAAGAAAGAAUGCAAAGAAUUUUUAUAAACUCUGAAUUUGGACCAAUGAAAUAUAGAAGACCUGUAUAAAAAUGGUAAAAUGUGUAAUGUGUCAAGGAAGAAGGCAUCAUGUUAACCAAUUCUUGGGAUGGUUGGGACAAUCCUUAAUGAAUGUCAUAUGUGUCUCAUGUUAAUUAUUUUUUUUUCUCCUUUCCAUGGUUUCAUUUUCUGUGUCGUAUUUGCAUUAUUAGGGUUGGGUUUUAUAUGCAGUUUAUUUUAUCCAAUUUUGCAUAGAACACCUCAUAGGGAUAUGAUUUUUGUAAAUUAAAUAUUCAAUAAACUUUUUGAACCAUU